AUGCACGGGCGGCCACGGGAGGCGAAGCACAAGCUCAAGGACCCCAAGGCAGCAGAAGGCUACAAGAAGAAGGCGCGCGCCGGUGCAUGCAUUGCACGGCGUGUCGAGGCGAUACGGCAGGGCACGGCGCUGGUGCUGGAGUGCCGGCGCCUGCGGCGGUACGACGCCCCCGCGCUCGCGGCGGCGGCAAAGCUGCUGAAAGUGGUGCCAGAGAUCUACACGGUCUGGAACUACAGGCGGGAGGCUCUGGAGCCAGUUUUUGAGGCUGGCGGCGAGGCGGCGCAAAAGGCAUCCAAUGAGGAGCUGGCACUCACACAGGUGCGGUUGGCGGUUGGCGGCGGGUGGUGGCGGUUGGAAACGGCGGUUGACGGCGGCGGGCGUGCCUAUGAGCGGCGGCUCUGGUUUGCGUGCCUGUUGGAGAACCCGAAGUCGUAUGCCGCGUGGCACCACCGCAAAUGGACGGUUUUGAAGGGCCUGGCAGACCUGGGGGCGGAGCUGAAGCUGGUGGGAAGCGCGCUGGAGCAGGACGGGCGCAACUUCCACGCGUGGGCGUACCGGCAGUUCAUCGUGAAGCUCUCGGCGCCAAAGGUCACCACGGAGGACGAGCUAGCCUACGCCGGCGGCUGCAUCGCCGCGGACUUUUCCAACUACUCUGCGUGGCACUACCGCACCAUCCUGCUGCACAAGCUGUACGCAGAGGAGGUGCAGACGGUCUCCUUUGAAGACCUCAUCGCUGGUAGAGGCCCCACCAGCAGCAGCAGCAGCGGCGGCGGCGGCGGCGGCGGAGGAGGAGGAGGAGGAGGAGAGGGUGGAGGGGCCGCGCCCGGCGUGCGGGGCGCGUUCAGCGGCACCGCGGCGCAGCGGCGGCCGAUCCCGGCGCACGUUUUGGACCAGGAGUACGAUCUGGUGCACCAG